AUGAGUGCGGGCCCCGGCUGUGAGCCCUGCACCAAACGACCCCGCUGGGACACGGCUGCAAGUUCUCCGCCGGCUGCCUCGGACGCCCGGAGCUUCCCCGGCAGGCAGAGGCGCGUCCUGGACCCCAAGGACUCUCCCGUGCGGGUCGGGGGGCCACCGUCCUCGGCCGGCUGCGUCCCGGGGCGGGCGGGACCGCGCAGAGGCGGCGCCACCUCGCUCGGUUUAAAACAGAAGCCUAUUACCAGUUGGAUGGACACCAAAGGAAUCAAGACAGCUGAACCAGAGAGCUUGCAUAGGAAAGAAAACAACAAUACAAGUAUAGAAGCCAUGAUGAGCUCUGUAGAAAAAGGUAACCUCUACCAAGAGCACUCAGAGAAAUUAGGAAACGUGCCUCAGCUCAGUCGUGAGAAGCCAGUCAUUGGAAAAAGCACGCAGUACCCGAACCAGCAACAGACAGGGACCCUGUGUAAGUGGCAGCACGAGGGGAGGCACAGGGAGCCGCCUCCGGAAGGCGAGCCUCCCACGGGCACCGAGGCGUCGGAGCAGUUCAGUAACGCCAACACUGACCAGUCACCCCAGACUGAUGGUCCCAGCGACACGGACCAAGAAGAUCAUCAGCAGUUUUUGACCCCCGUGAAGCUUGCAAACGCCCGGGGGACUGCACACGAGCAGGCCAGAGAAGCCGGAAGGCAGCAGAAGUGCAGCGCAUCUUGCCACUGUGCGGAAGGCUGCGCUCGCUGUCCGCAGGAGGAUGGCAGCGUGCUGCCGGAGAGUCCGCUGUCAGACACGGGCUCCGAAGAUGUUGGUACCACACUGAAGAAUGACAACAAACGAAGCGCACGAGAAGGCAGCCUGGAAAAUUCUCCUUCGUGUGAGAAGGAAAGUGAGCCGGAGUCACCAAUGGAUGUAGACAACUCCAAAAAUAGCUGUCAGGACUCGGACGCGGAUGAAGAGACCAGCCCGGGCUUUGACGAGUCAGAAGAUGCUAACUCCUCCCAAACAGCCAAUAAACUGUCCAGGUGCCACGCUGACACGGAGUCUAGGAAGCGGGGCUCUGCUAAGGCAGGCGAAGUUCAGUUACAUUUCCAGUUUGAAGGAGGAGAGAGCCGCAUGGGGCUGAAUGACCUCAGCGCCAGGCAGGUUGGAAACACCUCGAGCCUGAAUGUGGAAUGCAGAAAUUCCAAGCAUCAUGGGAAAAAGGAUUCUAAGAUCACAGAUCACUUCAUGAGAAUGCCCAAAACGGAGGACCGAAGAAAAGAACAAUGUGAAAUCAAACACCAAAGAACAGAGAGGAAGAUCCCUAAAUACAUUCCACCUCACCUCUCUCCAGAUAAGAAGUGGCUUGGAACACCUAUAGAAGAAAUGAGAAGGAUGCCUUGGUGUGGGCUCCGGCUCCCUGCCUUGAGACCGUCUGCCAACCACACAGUAACCGUCCGGGUAGAUCUUUUGCGAGCGGGAGAAGUUCCUAAGCCGUUUCCAACACAUUAUAAAGAUUUAUGGGAUAACAAGCAUGUUAAAAUGCCUUGUUCGGAACAAAACCUGUACCCUGUAGAAGACGAGAAUGGUGAGCGAACAGCCGGGAGCCGAUGGGAGCUCAUUCAGACUGCACUUCUCAACAAGUUCUCACGACCUCAGAACCUGAAGGAUGCUAUUCUGAAAUACAACGUGGCAUAUUCUAAGAAAUGGGACUUUACAGCUUUGGUUGAUUUCUGGGAUAAGGUACUGGAAGAAGCAGAAGCGCAGCAUCUGUGUCAGUCCAUUCUACCAGACAUGGUCAAAAUGGCCCUGUGUCUGCCAGAUAUCUGCACCCAGCCAAUACCACUCCUGAAGCAGAAGAUGAAUCAUUCCAUCACAAUGUCACAGGAACAGAUUGCCAGUCUUUUAGCUAAUGCUUUCUUCUGCACUUUUCCACGGCGAAAUGCUAAGAUGAAAUCAGAAUAUUCUAGCUAUCCAGACAUUAACUUCAAUCGGUUGUUUGAAGGACGCUCACCAAGGAAGCCAGAGAAGCUUAAAACACUCUUCUGCUACUUUAGAAGAGUCACAGAGAAAAAACCUACUGGGUUGGUAACCUUCACAAGACAGAGUCUUGAAGAUUUUCCAGACUGGGAAAGAUGCGAGAAACCCCUGACACGACUGCAUGUCACUCACGAGGGCACGAUCGAAGGGAACGGGCAGGGCAUGCUGCAGGUGGAUUUUGCAAAUCGUUUUGUUGGAGGUGGUGUAACCAGUGCAGGACUUGUGCAAGAAGAAAUCCGCUUUUUAAUCAAUCCUGAGUUGAUUGUUUCACGGCUCUUCACUGAGGUGCUGGAUCACAAUGAAUGUCUUAUUAUCACAGGUACUGAACAGUACAGUGAAUACACAGGCUACGCUGAAACAUACCGUUGGGCCCGGAGCCAUGAGGACGGGAGUGAACGGGAUGACUGGCAGCGGCGCUACACUGAGAUCGUGGCCAUCGACGCGCUUCACUUCAGACGCUACCUCGAUCAGUUUGUGCCUGAGAAAAUGAGACGUGAGCUUAACAAGGCCUACUGUGGAUUUCUGCGUCCUGGCGUCGCUUCCGAGAAUCUUGCUGCAGUGGCCACGGGAAACUGGGGCUGUGGUGCCUUUGGGGGUGAUGCUCGAUUGAAAGCCUUAAUACAGAUCCUGGCAGCUGCUGCCGCCGAGCGAGACGUGGUUUAUUUCACCUUUGGGGACUCGGAAUUGAUGAGAGACAUUUACAGCAUGCACACUUUCCUUACCGAGAGGAAGCUGACUGUUGGAGAAGUGUACCAGCUGCUGCUCCGCUAUUACAAUGAAGAGUGCAGGAACUGCUCGACGCCUGGGCCACACGUCAAGCUGUACCCCUUCAUAUACCACGCAGCUGAGUCCUGCACAGAGACCCCCGACCGGGCCAAGGCCAGCGACCUGACCAGCCAAUAAACAGGACCUCCCGCCUCUGUCCAGAGGCUCUCUGUUGGACUCGUCAGGUGCGGUGGAAGAACUGAAGACAAUAUAAAUGUGUACAUAAUCUGCAUUUGUAGUCAAGGACAUGAUUUCCCCUCCACGGGUAUGCGGUGGUCGGCUUGUCUAUCUAAGCGACCUCCUUGCUGGCUAAUCUGGGCCUAGCUAUGUUUUCUUUCCAGUUUUCUCCUAUCUCAGUCUUCAUUCUCUAAAUCUCCCUUUUUUUUUUUGAAACCAAUCACAUUUCUGGUGAAGUAGCACCAAGGGUUGUUCGCAGCCUGUCAGGUCUCCAUCUUCCUGCCUCUGUGAGCUCACAGAUUUCACAAGCAGCAGAUACCACGUGUGCCAGGAAAGAAGUCACAAAUCUGGGAGUCUUUACCUGGGUUUGCGGGAGAGCCCCCCACAAGCCUUUCACCCCCAGCUUCUGUUAUACUUGGCAUUUUUUUGAAUUUCAAAAAUUAAGGAUGGGGUUAGUUGGGUUUUUUGUUUGUUUGUUUUUCGUACAUGUUGCAUACUAAUACAGAACUAGGUUGCAAUAGUUCCUUAUUUAUGACAAAGUAAUAUCAACAAAUGGUUCUUUGGAGACUUUUUUCUGUAAUGAUUUGUCAGUCCUUUUUCUCCUGAUCAAUUGUAUUGAUACUAGUUUUGAAGACCGAACAAGAUAAAAGGAAAUGCGAAAUAAAAGAGGACUUUUCCUUAGUGUAAAGAAAUCAGAUUCAAGACAAUUUCUGUGUUUCUUGAGAUUCCGUUCAUUUUUAAGUUAGGAUCAUUGUUCGUUCUGCGGUGCUGAAGGCAUAUCCUUAGAACCAAAGUUUGGGACCCGGAGACUCCAGGCUGAUUGAUACUUCCGGAAGUUUCUCUGGCGUUCAAAGGCUAGAUGGCUGAUACGUUUCAUUAAGUCAUUCGUGGCAACCUCCCAGACCAGCCAGGUUCUAUAUACACUCAUAAGCGUGGCUGCCGUUAAGAGCGUGCUUGCGUGUGAGCAGGUAAAGCCUGGGUGCAGGAGUGGCCGGUGGCGAGGCCGAGGCUUUAUGAGCGGCUCUGCUUAACCUCCUGUGUCUGCAGUCAUGUGCUUCGGAAGCCUGCAGCAGCAUCAGAUGAAAACGCUUCUUCGCUUUUUGAAGUGGAAAGCCAAGGGCGCUCCUGCCUUCAAAGUAGGAUUUAGUUCCCGAAGCAAUCCUGCACCACACCCAAGUCCUGGUCUGCAGCCAGCCUUCUCGGAACCCCGGCUGGAGAGCAGACCGUGCAGAUGAGCCAGCAAGUGGGCUGCAUUCCCGCGGGCAGGACCAAGGGGUCCUCUACCAGGGCCCUUCCCUCUUGCUUGUGGGAAGACCUGGCCCUGAAGGCAGCCACCUGUCACCAGGCAAAGAUUUCUGAUCAUCUUCCACAGUCAGAGGAGCCCGGCGUUGUUACUGCCAACAGCGAGAUCAUACUCCUCCCCAGCCCAUUCCAUGUUUUGGUUAAGCAUUCACAGUUGUAUUUCUUUGCCAUUUUUUUCCCACCUGUUUUGCUUGGGUUUUUUUUUUGAGUUUUGUUUUUGCCAUCCUCAUGCUCUCCCUCUCUUAACCUAAGGAAACAGAUCAUUAAAAUGUUUCAUGAACGAAGUAGAUUGACUUGGGUGAUGGAGAAAUCACAACAUCCAGGUUGAUAGGCUGCUGUCCCUGCUACUGCAGAACACAGAAGCCGGAGCUCAGCUCCCAGGGCUGCCGAGGGCUGCCCACAUCGCCUCCCGGGCUCCUUGCUGGGUUUCCCAGAGUAAGCCCAACUUAUUCUUUGUCCCAGUGUGUUCUGGGACAUGGAGAAAGCUUGAGGAGGAAGAAUAUGCAGAGGACUCAAUACAUUAUCCCUAAAUGCCUUCUGCAAAAAUAAAUAAAUAAAAUCAAACAUCUAAUUAA